UCAGCAUGUUUAUGACAUGUGACUCAGAUGCAGCCGUAUUUAUAUUGAACGUGUCAUUAACAAGCACGUUUUGCCUUCGUCGCGAGUGUAAAAGCCUGAAGCCCGCCGUUGUGCUGCUUUUAGCCGUAAGUGAUUGGUGCGCUGUUGUUAUGAGAUCUUUUUAUCGACUUUCUCGCGAUAAAGACUUGUGGUUUGUUACCUCCUGCAUCUGUGAACAACCUCAAGUUCUGCUUCAAACAGGUAACUACGUCAGAUAUUUAUCUAAUCUUUACUUUUAAGUAACUGUCUGGUUACCAUAUAUUUUUAAUAUCUAUGACAGGAAGUUUCGUUUUCGUCUUAGUGAUUCAAAAACGGUACACGUACAGUUCUGGUUUAAAGGACAAAAGCCCUUCUUUGUUAUGUCUUAACAAAACAAUGGAAAAAUAAUGUCUGGUUACCAUAUAUUUUUAAUAUCUAUGACAGGAAGUUUCGUUUUCGUCUUAGAGAUUCAAAAACGGUACACGUACAGUUCUGGUUUAAAGGACAAAAGCCCUUCUUUGUUAUGUCUUAACAAAACAAAGGAAAAAUAAACAUUCAAGAUAUUUGAAUAACGCGGAAAAAAUCUUUCCGGUUUUCAGUCGAAGUUUCGACGUACAGAAGAUAAAUUUUCUCAUUAGCCAUCGGACAAAAACCCCCUCUGACUUGAAUUCCACGUCAAUGGUUGUACCCCAACAAAAAAGAAAAGGACUUACAGAGAAUAGAAAAGAAAUUACCAAAAUUUACUCAUUUGUUGGCUUUCAAUACCUUGUGACGUAGUCAAGGUGACAAAGAAGGCUGUCUCUAUUAUGCAUGGACGACUGCAUUGAUAAUUUCUCGACGACUUAAAAAACAAGAUUUUGAGCAGCAAAUAAGAAAAAAACAGAAGUUGUCUGCCUUUUCGCGCAAGAGCGCGAGGAAGGGAGGGGAGGGAGGGGGGUUCUAUAUUAAGACAUCCUUUCAUAUCAGGAUUUUUAACCGUUUUCGAUUACGAUUCAGAUCAUGGAUAUUUUCUAUUCCCCAGGUAUUUUCGUGCUGAACGUAGUCGUCCUUAUAUUAAACAAUGACCUCACAGAAACGGGGCACUUCAUUAAACGCAGUUCUUACGUUCAUCUCCUUCUCUUCAAUUCGGCUUCAAUCAUUCUGGCAAAUGCAAUAACACGCGUGAUAACACAAGCUAUUGGUGAUGUUGAGGGAGCCUUGGAGUCGAGUUAUGUGUUUGGUACGUUUCUCCUCGGCGUUUAUAGAACAGUAUUUCUAUUCUUGGACUCGCUUUACUUCACGUACGUGAUUAUCGGAGACAAGAGUAACAUAUGCAUGUACAAAUUAAGACUCAAGGAAAAGACAGUAAUCACCAUUAUCUAAGAUCACAGAAGCCUGUUCCAGGAGUUCAGUUAGUAAAACGAAGCGCGGUAGUGGAAAAAAGAGGGAGUUUGGAACUGGUCGCGUAAUGAACGACUCGACCCAAGCCCCUCCCUCCCGUUUUGGCUCAGCCGCUACUAUCGCGCCGUUUACACUCCGGUUUAUUCGCGGAAGGCUGGGAACAGGCCACGCUCAAGGAAAUUUGAAAUACUUGAACUCAAUUUGCUGUGAUCUUUGAAAUCUAAUGGCGACCUACCCGAGGAAAUAAUUA